AUGCCUCGCUCUCAUCUGCUGCAGCGCAUGCAAGCCAGGAUUUACUUCUGUGACGUGGCCAAGGAGCUUCGGACGCCACCUUACAACGAGCUGUUGCUAACGCCUAAAUCACGGCUGGGAGGCCUGAGCCCUUUUCUACGGCGAAGACUAUCUUCGAGGGACGCCACAUUCCUCUCACCAAUAGCGACAAGUAGCAGCCUGUCUCUUGAGCAGAAGCAUAGCGAUGACAAAGAUGCGCUCCAGGCACUCCGCGCAAUGAGAAAGUAUCCGGCUAGAGGGCUAUGA